AGCCGCGUCCGCUCCACCUGGCCGUCUCUUUCCCGUCCGCCAUCCCGCUUCGUCUCGCCGUCCGAGAGGUGUCUUGCAGACACUCACCGCCUCUCGCCUCGCCGCCUCUGCCCACCUCUGAGCUGCCCGCCGUCCUCUCGCGUCUCCUCCUCCUCAGUCUCCGUCUCGCACUCGCGCGCCACCGUCUGCCGGCCCGGUCCCCUCUCUGCCCGAUCUCUCACCGCCUCCCUGCCACACCGCGUUCGCCACCUCUUGCACACGUCCGCCUCCUCCUUCUCCUUGCUCUCUCGAAGCCGGUCCUCGAGCUCCGUUACCCUCCCUUCCUCUCCGUCUGUUUGCUCGCGUCUCUCGCGCGCAAUGUCGCGUCUCGACGUCUCCGCAGGCAUGCCUUCGCGUCCGCGCUCGCCUGCUCCGCCAUUGAGCACUCGCGAUGCAGCAACGGCAGCCGCAGCUUCAUCCGCAGCGCAGGCCCUGCCGCAGCAUCGCUUGGCGCCGCCGCGUGGCCUGGCGACGCGCGCUCGCAGCGGCAGCACGAGCACGGUGGAUGCAAGGGAACUGCAGCCGCAGUCCUCCUCCUCUCGUCUGCGCGCCCGCUUCGCCAAUGCCGAAGCCGCACACGCACCACUCAUGCUGCGUGCCGACAGUGCCGACUCGCACGGUGCGCUCCGCGGCCACCUGCCGUCGCCCAGCGCCCUCUCGCCGCGCACGGUGCCACCGGGCUUCGAUGCGAUGCAGCAGAUGCAGCUGCAGCACAUGCAACAGCAGCACCAGUCGCAGCAGUCGCAUUCGCAGCAGCGGCACGCAAUGGCGCCACACGAGCGUGUCCUCGCCGAGCGAGCCGCGCGAGGAGGACACAAGCACAGCAGCAGUACGGACUCGGAUGCCGAUUCCCUCGCGUCGUUCGGCUGUCUCAUGUCCGACGAGUUCGAUCGGCAAGCGCGUGAUCGUGACGCAGGCAAGGAUGGACCCAUGCUCGAUGCCACGUCGCGCCAGCAGUGGCUGGACGGCAUGUUCACCAAGCUGGCGCUCCGACACGCCCGCAAGAUGGGCGCAGGCGACGAGCGCCACGAGAAGCCCAUGCAGACGACGCAGGCGCAGAAGCCCAAGGCUCACUUCCUCGACUUGAGCGGCUACAUCAAUCCCAUCCCUCUCGCCUCGGCCAAUCACACGCCACGACCCACGGACGCUCAACGCUUCGCCUCGUCUGCACAACAGGCCGCGGCGUCGUCGUCUCUCAUGGCGCCCUCCACCCGCGAAGUGCCGCGCCGUGCUCGUACGCCCGACAUCGGCCAUCAUCCUUCGAGCAGCGCCGGCAGCAACCAACUGCCCGGCGGCGCACCGAGUGGAGCAGCACACACCGCUCAGCUGCUGCGUUCGCGCCGCAGUGCAGACUCUCUUGGCGACACGCGUCGCCGACAGAAGCUCGAGUGGGCACAGGCGGGAGCAGCUGGGCCCAACAGCAGCAACAGCGCAGCGAAACCGUCAGCGCCGCCCAGUGCGUACGGAGGCACGGCCAUGCAGGUGACGCAGAGCCACGAUCCGAGCGCCAUGAGCAGCUCGGGUGUGCCUCAACUGCCCGGCUGGGCACGCGAGUCGAACCGCAAUCUGAGCAUCUCGAGCGUCAGUUCAGGCUACAGCACAGCCAGCAGCGUCAGUGCGUCUAGCCACCACUCUUCGGGCUCGACUACCUCUUCGCGUCCCCAAACGCCCGGCUACGCACACGGUGGCAACGCCAACGGCGAACGCUUCGUGCUGCCCAGACCUGCGCUCAUGGCGAGGACGGUCAGCCACGAUGUAGGAGGUGACCGUCCGACGCGUCCCGUGCUCAUGGCACGAGGCUCAAGCAGUCAACUGCGCACGCUUCCGGCGCCAGGCUCGCUUACGCCAGGCUGCAUUGUGCCUCGUGGCAUCCUCACGCCUCUGCCGCCGCCUUCCUCCUCGCAGCAGCACCAGCAGCAGGCGCACCUGCAGCAGAUGCGCGAGGGCGCUCUCUCGCCCGUCCGCUCGCGGCCUCCGCCUCUGCUGCGUUCUCGCGCGUCGCGAGGCUCGAUGAGCUCCGACGGCAACUCGAGCGUGCCGUCGACGCCUGCGCACUCGGUCGUGGAGCUGCCGAUUCCCGAAGUCAUGGGCCAGCAGCCCAUGAUGACGAUGGGCCCGCGCUGUCUCGCUGCUUCUUCGCCCAUCAAGCCGCCUCCCUCUCGAGGCGGACUUGCGAUGCAGGGUCAACCGUUGCUCGAGAUGACUUCGGACGAAGAAGAGGAUCUCCUUGCUGGCUCGGGCCGCUAUACGCUGCAUCGGCAUGCCGUUGAGACUGCCCAGGCUCCGGUGCGCGCUCAACAGCACCAGCAUCAGCAACAGCAGGCGACGCAGCAUUCCACGCCGCGUGCCAGUGCCACAGCACGGCCUUCGGCACGCCAUCUGGCCAUGCCUCACGUCGCCGACAUCUUCGAUCUGACGCGAGCGCCGCCCUCGCCUCCUCGCAAUGCCUCGUUGCGCAAGAUGCACGGCGCUCCCGGCGGCGCCUCUGGCGCUCGUCCACGUGCCGCGUCGACUGCAUCAAGCAUGCACAGUCACAAGACCUCUGUCUCGUCUACGACGAGCAGCUGCGGCGAAGCAGCGGAAGAGACGUCUCGCAUCUCGUACCUCUCGCGAACGAGCUCGACCAGCUCGGGCAGCACCGACAGCACGCCGGCAAGCCCCGACUCGCCGCGCUCCGUCGCCACGCGGCUGCGCACCACGUCGCGCGCGGCAGAGGACUGGGCCAGCUCGAUUGGCAGACGCUUUGCGAGACACCACGGAGUGCCGGAGGCUCGUGCAAAGACGGCGGGCAUCGACACGUUCGGCGCGCCGCUGGAGCAUGCUUGAGGCGUCUCGACGCUAGACCGUCCCGGCACACGCGUGCAGCUUGCGAUCCGCCGCCCUCCCCCUCCCCCCCUUCUCAUUUCCUCUACUUUUCAGCCCUCUCUUGUUCCUCACUUGGUGCUCAAUCUCUGUAGCCAUAGCCUUUCACCGUCCCCGUCCUGUGUCUCCGACUUGGCGCCCGCGCGCACAUGCAUCACGUAUCCUCGCGCGACAGCCGCAGCCAAUGCCAUCCUCGUAC